UCGGCAGCGGCGGCGGCGGCGGCAGCUGCACACCAGCUCCAGCAGCGGGUCUCCCCCAACCCCGAACCCGUCCGUGCAGCGUCGGCAGGAAGCAGCGUCGGCGAGCGCCAGGUCCAACAGGCAUCGGUGGGUCGUCAACGUCGGCACGCGGCGCCCCAUGGCGCGGGCGGCCGGCGGAGGCGGCGGUAGAGCGACGUCCACCGACGGCGGGGGCUGCAUGUGGCUGCGUCGUCGUCGGCGGGCCGGCUGAGCGCGGGGGGCCAUGCAGCGGGCGCUGCGCAUGAACGAUGCACAGCUGCUGUCGCUGUCCGAGAAGGCGCUGCACGACAACUGCCUGCGCGGCUACCUCUGCAAGCGCACGGCGGACAGCGCACGCUGGCAGCUCCGCUGGUUCGUGCUCUACCAGAACCUGCUCUUCUACUACGAGAACGACACGACGACCCGACCGUCGGGCGUGCUCUUCCUCGAGGGCUCCUACUGCGAGCGCCUGCUCACGCCCGUCACCGGCGGCAAGAACACGGGCAGCACUCAGGUCGUGAAAGCGUCCUGGGCGAAGGCUGGUCGCGCGGAGGUGGCGAAGAAGGGCUCGAUGAAGUCCGGGACAAAAUCACAGCAAGUAUACGGUUUCACAAUCAGCUACCGCAAGGAAGGUGCCAGGCAAUACGAGCUGAAAGCCGAAACUGAGGCCGAGUGCAACAACUGGGUACAUGCCAUCGACUGUGCAAGUUUCAGCAAGAUGCUGCUGCAGAAGGAAGAGCUGGAGCAGAAGCACCUCCACCUGGUGCAGAUUGUGGAGAGCGAGAAGACAGCCAAGUGGCAGUACACCCAGCAGUGCGAAGAGCUCACCGUCGAGAUCAAGAAGCUGCGCGCCGAGCUGUGCGCGCUGAAGAAAGAGUGGAGGCUCACGCCACAUCGAAGCGAAGACGAAGACAGCGAAGAGAUAAAGAAGAUUAAAAAAGUGCAGAGCUUUUUCCGGGGCUGGCUAUGCCGCCGUCGCUGGAAGCAAAUAGUCGCUGAGUACAUCAGUUCACCACACGCCGAGAACAUGCGUAAACGGAACAGCCUGGUGUUCCGGAUGGUGGAGGCAGAAGAAGAAUACGUGGAGCAGCUUCAGCUGCUGGUGUCAUGCUUCCUAAGGCCAUUUAAGAUGGCGGCAAGUUCUCAGAAACCUCCCUGCACACAUGACGAAGUCAACUCUAUAUUCCUGAACAGUGAGACGCUCAUGUUUCUUCACCAAAUCUUCCUCAAGGGUCUCACAGCCAGAAUGGAGAGCUGGCCGACGUUGGUCCUGGGUACAGGAGAUCUGUUCGACAUGCUCCUUCCGAUGCUGACCAUCUACCAAGAGUACGUCCGCAACCACCACUACAGCCUCCAGGUUUUGGCCGAGUGUAAGCAGCGCGACAAGUUCGCCGCCAUACUGCAGCGACUCGAGGAGAAGACCGUGCUCCAGGGCAGGACCCUGGAGACCUUCCUCACUUACCCCAUGCACCAGGUGCCUCGGUACAUCAUAACGCUGCACGAGCUGCUGGCCCACACACCACACAACCACGUUGAACGCAGGAGCCUGGAGACAGCACGGACCAAGCUCGAGGAACUGUCACGCCAAAUGCACGACGAAGUGAGCGAAACCGAGAACAUCCGUAAGAACUUGGCCAUAGAAAGGAUGAUCAUAGGAGGCUGUGACAUCCUCUUGGACGUCAACCAAGUGUUCGUCAGGCAAGGCAACGUGAUCCACGUGGUGGGGUCGGACAAGGCCAAGUCCCAGCGAUCGCGCAUCCCUAACCUCAAAGGCGAGAAAGAAGUAGUGCGCCAAUGCUACCUCUUCACUAACCACAUGCUCCUCUGCAACCGAACCUCGGCCGGAAAGCUACAUCUGGUCGAGAGCGUCGGUAAAAUUCCCCUGGCAGAUGCCACGCUCAUCGAAGACCCCAACGAUCAGUUCCAGUUCAUCGUGGACGAUGGUGAGGGCUCGGUGAGUUCGGUAUCGAGCCUUACGAGCGGACUCGGCAGCAGCGGCGACUCCACCGCCACGACAACAGCGACAUCCGGUGGUGGGUCGGGGCAACAGAAGGACUAUGGCGGUCUCGACUUCAAGAUCAUCGUCGACUUCAAGACCGCGCCGCCGGUGACGGUGCAGCUAGUCGCUCCCACCAUGCAGGAAAAGGCGGCCUGGACGAGCGACAUUAGCCAGUGCAUCGAUAAUGUGCAUUUCAACGACCUCUUCCACGGCACGAUGAGCGACGCCUCGUCGGUCACGAUGCCACAUUCCAUCAGGAACGACCCCAGGCUGUUCAAGGACGACGUGGACAUCCGAUUCAGUCGUACACUCAACUCCUGCAAGCUGCCCCAGAUCCGUUACGCGAGUCCCGAGCGCCUUUUCGAGCGCCUGACGGACCUGCGCUUCCUGAGCAUCGACUUCCUGAAUACAUUCUUGCUCACGUACCGAGUCUUCACCGACGGUGUCAAGGUGCUGGAGGCGCUCAAAAAGGUCCACUACAAUCCGGACCUGCAGAUCAACGCGAUGGGCGCCGCGCUUCAGGACUCAACAGGGUCCUUGGACGCAGUCGGUGUCGAUGGCGGCGGCCCUCCCGGGGGGGCGGCCGCUAGUCAGGCGGGCGCCGCAGCCGGCGCGCCCGGCGCCGGGCAAGACCGGGACAUGGGAAUGCUGGUGGUGGAGUACGACUACUCGCGACGCAUCAGCACAACCAGCAUGCUCUCGGAGGCAGGCGACGCUCAGCAGGGCCACAGCGCCCCCGACCACGUGCAGCAAGUCGUGCAGCAGGUCUCGCGAAGCCAGCAGCACUGGAGACUCAGCUACCGAAAGUUCGAAGAGGAGCAGCUGAAAGAGCAAACGCUGAAGCGGAUCCGCGAAGUCGUGUCGCCCAGCCCGGAGCCCAUCCUGCCGCCUCCCCCGCCCACCCCCGAGCCGGCCACGGGCGGCCUAGUUCACACCUUGCCCGCGCCUAACGCCGGCGGCGCACCACUACAAGGGGCCACGCUGGCACCGCCCGAAGACACCGGCUUCUUCGGCCACCUCAUGCAGCUGCACGAAACCAGCGUGGUCGCCGCGGCCACCGCAGUCGGAAUGCCCAUGAGCCUGACGGGCACCAACGGCGGCCCCUCGGCGAGCCAGCAGGAGCAGCCGCGGCUCGAGGCGCCGAAGGCUUCUCUUUCGUCGGACACGCUGAGUGCCGACGCUAGUUGCCCAUCGACACCCGGAAACCUCAGCUCGACGGCGUCCACAGCCACGCUCGUUGGCAGCGUGGGAAGCAACGAGUCCCCCAAGCCCAGCCCCAGCCGGAAGAGUGCGCCCGUUCGGCUUCCGACGCAAGACAGCGUGCAGAGCGCCCACGACGAGACCCCACCCCCGACGCCCCCCGCAGCUGCGACGACAGCCCCGCCGGUAGUGCAACCCGUGGUGCCGCCGACUCCACCGCCCUCGGCGGCGACAGUCGCGUCGGCAGUGUGCACGGGUUCGCCGGCCCGCGCCGCGCCGCAGCAGCCCCCGACCGACGUCCGACCUGCGGCCCGGGGGCUGCCGCCGCCAAUGACCUCGAGCCAGUCCGCGCCCAACGUCAUGAACUAUCUGCGUGUGCGCGGCGCCCAGGGCAAGCGGGGCAGCAGCGAUACGGAGAGCUCGAGCGUCUCGGUGACGCCUCGCUCGAGCUUCCAGACCGAGUCGACGAUCCUGUCGACGCCCCGAUCCAGUUUCCAGUACCCCGACUCACCGCAGCACAGCAGCAAGGCGGGCGUCGUGGUCACCUCGUCCCGGGCUUCUACGCGACGUUCGUCGACGGCCAGCGCGGCCGCCGCGUUCGCCGUGGCCACCGCGGGCUCCUCCAAUCCUCCAGAGCCGCUGGUGGCCGCGACUGCCGCAGCAGCGGCGGCGGGCGGCGGCGCCGUGCCCCCGGGCUCGCAACCGGCCAGCAGGGCCGGAAGCCGCCUGCCCAGUGCGGUCGGCGCAGACCUCAAGAUACCCGGAGCAGCUGGCGGGGCCGCCGUGGGCCCCGGGCCGGCAGCUCUGCGCGCCAAACGUGAAUCAAUGAUCAGCACCGCGGCGACCAUGCGAGUGCUCAACGUACUACGCCACUGGGUCUCCAAACACUCCCAGGAUUUUGAGAACGACCCGAAGCUGCUGCAGUUGACAACCGAGUUCUUGGAGGAGCUCGUUCACAACCCCAACCUGCUCCCUGCUGAACACAAGGCGGCCGCCCAACUCUUGCACAUGAUCUCCAAGCAGGAUCAGGACAAGACGAAAGUAGACCUCGACAUCCUCUUGGCUCCUCAUAUGACACCAAGUAAAGAGACAGUGGAGUCCUUGUCGGCACUGGAGAUUGCCGAAGGCAUGACCUACCUCGACCACAAGAUAUUCAUCGCUAUACGCAGCGAGGAGUUUCUAGGUCAAGCUUGGAUGAAGCCGGAGAAGGCAACCAAGGCUCCGCAUAUUCUUCUUAUGACAAGAAGGUUCAAUGAUGUGAGUCGUUUGGUGGUGUCGGAAAUUAUGCGCUGUCCGGAGAUGUCCAAGCGAGUGACCAUCAUCGACAAGUGGUCCGCCGUCGCCGACAUCUGCCGCUGCCUGCACAAUUUCAACGGUGUGCUCCAAAUCUGCGCGGCCUUCAUGAACAGCUCGGUGUUCCGCCUCAAAAAAACCUGGGAGAAGGUCUCAAAGACGACGAAGCAGACGAUCGACAAGCUGCAGGCACUGGUGUCGGCCGACGGGCGGUUCCGCAACAUGCGCGACGCCCUUCACCGCUGCGACCCACCCUGCAUUCCGUACCUGGGCAUGUACCUCACCGACCUCUCCUUCAUCGAGGAGGGCACGCCAAACUUCACCGAGGAAGGACUGCUCAACUUCUCCAAGAUGAGAAUGAUUGCUCAUGUGAUCCGGGAGAUUCGCCAUUUCCAGCAAACUCCGUACAAGAUUGAGAUGAUUCCUAAGGUGUUCAACUACCUGCUGGACCCGGCGCGGCUGAUGCCCGACGAAGAGCUGUACCGGCUGAGCCUGUGUCUGGAGCCGCGACUGUCCAGGCUCGGCACUAAGGUCACGGCGUCCCCGUUCACCCCGUCCUACGCCCCGACCACCACGCAGCAAUCCUCGUGAGCACCCUCCCGCACCCCACCCCUCCUACCACCUGGGACCCGCUGUCCCCCCUAUAGCCGCCGUGCCACCACACCCGAGCAGGACUGCUCCCGGCAGGCGCACCGCAGCACAAGCGAGACCACCCACAGGGGUUUGGUCAGUGGAGCCCAGCAGACUUCGCGCACCGCCCGAAACUGCACCAGUCAAGUUCCACGUGCCUCCUUCCAGAAGCAAGCCUGACACUGCCCUACCCCUGGAGAGAGAUGCAAUCCAAGAGGUUCAGACAUCCACAAGAAAGCACUGUGACCAGCCUAGACGCGUGGGCCCAGUACGUGUAACUAUAAUGCACAUAUCCACCGCACCUUAUCCCUCUGACCGGCUACGGUUGUCGCACAAGAGCCCUGUUUAAUGCGCCUCGGUGCACAAGUGUGACUACGUUCUUCUUGCGUGCUGUAUCGUACACUGUAAACCAACUCUCUAUGCUCCACAGCAUGGAACCGAUGGAAAUGGCCGAGGUCAAUAGCAACAAACAGCAGCCGUCUUAAGGCUAGCAGGAUGCAUUCAAAGCUUGGGGCAAACUUAUGCUGCGGUGCUGACUCGGCCAAAGCAGUAUGAACGAUAAGUCCCCGCCGAAAUUUCAGCAUUUAUUUGCCACAAUAGGGUCUUUUUCACCCGAGCUGUCAUUUCUAGCAAGUCUCAAAGAGUUGAGAGAUGUUGCUAAGCUUAUGUGGCAAUCGUUUGCAUAGACUUAGGUGCCUCUGUUUCAAGCCAAUGUCAAAAGCUUCUUUUUAUAAUCUUUGUGUGGGAGGCGACGCAUAAAAUGCACCUAGCAUUAGGAAUUGAAUAAAAUGUUUUCAAAAGUAGAAAUGCAAAUUCAUGAUAUCCUCUCAAGCCAGUGACUACUUUCUUGAAGCGGUGAUGACCUGCAGUUAGAUAAAAAAGAAAACUAAUACCUCAGUUUCUGAAGAUGUAUUUUCAGCCUUAUUCUCUUAGGAAUUGUGAGCUUUCAUUGCAGUAGCAACAAGUAGAGGCCGGAUUUUUAGGCAUUAAAACAGGCACCAGAAAUAGGCAGGCAAAACAACGUUUUAGGCCUUCAAUAUCGUAAAUAUAGGCACAAUAAAUUUUUACAUAAAUGCAAAUAACUUCAAACGAAGAAGUGCGUGACUUGUAUCUACGAUAGGAAAACAAAAAAUGGUGCUUAUGAUGGCACAAAAACGCCAACAGCUGAACGUAGCCGUGCAAUUGUCUUUUUUCCCGCAUGGUCAGCAGAACAUGAUGGCAUUGUAGGUCCUUACAAGAGCACAAAAUUGUGGCCAGCAGCCAUUUGCUUUGUUUUAGUGCUAGCUUCUUCCAGUCUCUCUUGUCCCUCUAACGACCUUCAGAGUUAAGCGAGCAUGCUCAGGACUACCUUAGUGAAACUAAAUAUCUUGCAACACGUCCUAACAACUGGGAAAUAGUCCCACAGCAACAAAGUGACAUUGUAAAUCACGUGCAUCCUUGAGGAGAUAUAAAUUUUCAGAAUUUAGGCAAUGGGACCAUGGAUAACAAAACAUCAAAUUAAAUAAUGGUGGUAGACUACACAAAUGGUGUGAUAUUCAAAAUGGUAAAUUUAUCGAUCAAUUUCUUCGUGAAUUAUACUACUCUUUUACAACACAAAAUAAUGCUGAACAAGUUCUGAUACAGCGAUCCUAAAUUUGUUCCUCAGUCUAGUGAUACUCUGAAGUCUAGAUAACAGGAUCAUUGACAAACAAAAACAAUUGAUUUCCUGAUGUACGGUGCAUUUUACAUUAAAAAAAAAAACAGGGUGGAGUAGCCUUGGGAGAGGUCCCACAUUAUCGGAAGUACACAUUCAUGAGCGUUGUAAUGGCAAACUUGGAAUACAGAGGCACGCAGGUUUAUCGUAUGUAUCUGACUAUUUUCCCCUUGGAACUGCAUAUCUCCAGAAAUGUCUGGACAGUGGACGAGUGCACAUAAAGAAAAAACACAAACAAAGCAAGGAAUCGACAUACUUCUAGCACAGCAUCUCCACAAGUGCACACAUAGCAAAUGGCACAUUCAAAUUCACUACAAAUGGUUCGUACAAAAGGUCUCUGACGAGAAACCCCAAAGGUUGUGAAUAUCUUGUUAUGCCCAAGAUGUAAAAAAAAAGGAGAAAAAAAAGUAUUAUUCUUUUAGUUGGUAUACCUCUUACAAAAAAGAAAGUUGGCUGCCAUUGGCCAAAAUGAAACAAUAUUAGGAAUUUCAUAUUUUAUCAUUCGAUAAGCUUGACAACAUCAUGAACUUUAUUUGCUACUGGAUGUAGUAUUCAUCUCCAAUCGAACGGUAACAUAAAUAACAUCAAUACAGCUGAGCAUAGGUAUAGCCAGAGGAGAUUGGGGGGGUGGGGGUUAAAGCUCACACCUGAUAUUUUCUCUAUGUGUGUAUAUAUGCAUGCACAUACACACACAUGCAUUUACAUAGAGGGGGGCCAGACUACCCCCUCCCCCAAACUAAAGUCCUGGCUACGCCCCUGUAGCUGAAGACAAGACUUUGAACUAUGACCGCUAAUAUUUAUGAGAAAAUCAGAUGCGUUAAACACACUUGUGCAUGCUGCCAGCCAUUUUCAAAUUUGGAAGAUUGUGACUACACAAUUAAUCUUCCACGCUCGACAGACCUAGUGAUUGUGAGCUUUGGGGCAUUUAGCACAAUGUGGCCUUUGAUGUGCUUUGGAGCUGUAGGAAUGUGACACAAUUAAGUUGCUCCCUAAAGUCAAAGGAAUAACAACAAGGUACUUGAUACCAAACUCUCAAACAGGUACUGCCUCACUGCAUGCAAAAUUCCACAACUGUAACUUAAGCCAGUGUUGUCAAAUUUCAACCAAACACAAAUGAUAGAAUGUCAUAACCUCUUAAUGCACUGCACAAUCUGUAAGUAUUCAAUAGAAUUAAUCCACUGCAUUAUCCCGGCACAAUUCCGCUGCUUUUAAAUCUAGUACUUAGACCAGCACCUUGAAAAUGUCACCAAAAAUCUAAGGGCUCCUUUACGAUCAAAUCAGUCUUUGUGCGGAGGGAUGCAGCUACAACAAAAGACAAAGCCGCUGGCCUUUCCAGCUGCCUUUGUCCUGUUACUCACAAUAUUUUUAAACAUGCAAGCCCCACACUAAUAUGAUCCCGCAUGUUCUAGAAACAAGGCAGUGUGCUUUACAAGAAUUAGUGUACCUUAAUGUCUGCAUUUAUUGCAUGUCGCACAGACAUAAAUGACGUUCUAGGCAACCUGGAUAAAGUAUACACACAAAUGCAUAUAACUAUAUAUAAACCUGUUGUUUGUUGAGACAUCUUGCAAAGUAUAUGUGCAUGUUGGCAUGCUUUAGUGAAGCAGUGAACCCUCAUUUUGUCCUUUCUCGAAAGCACCACUACUCGAACCGAGCUCUCUAUUCCACGAGCAAUGGCAUCGUUUCCAAGUUUCCAAGAAAGAGAAUUAGCACAGUACGUGUGCAGCCAUAGGUGUGUUUCCCAGCAGCCUCCUCCUAUGACAUUAAUCUUUCCGUGCACUGCAAGAUAUAUCUAGUGUUGACUGUUAAUGACACAAGACUACAUUCAGCCGCAACGGGAUAACUUUUGGGGCCCAUGCAGUGAUGAAGGAUCGAGUUGUGCUUUGGCGAGGAAGCCAGGAAAAGGCUAGAGAGGCCAUUUGCAGCAAGGGCCGUAGUAGAAAAGAAGAGCUUCGCACUACACUGUGUCCUGCAUGUGUGGUGCUCUAUUUUCUUUUCUUUCUGUGCCAUGGCUCAACGCCUCUCAAUAGCAUAUAAAAAAAGAAGAAAGAAAAAAGGCUACCACUAACACAAAUACACACAUACACAUGCACAUAUCUUCACACCUCCACAACGAUAGGGCAUAUAUCAAAGUGGUAUAGGCGUCCAUGCAGAGUUGCUGCAGCGCCACAAGCUCGCAGCCGAAACGGCUAUUGGUGCAACUCAAGGAGCUGCUGAAGCGCUAAAAGGCUACGAUUUCCCCAGAUGAUGCCAAGGGCUAGAUGCUCGAGCCUUCUACUGCAGAGAUAGGAACGGAAGCUUAUUCAAAACUGUGUCCGCACGAAAAUGGGAUCAGGUACUAAGCUGUAUGACCCGGUACGAUUGCCACUCAUGAGAAAAAGUUCUACAUGAGACUUCUGUUGUUGCAAGUGAAAACUUUACUCCCCAAUAUACAAUCAUGUUAAGUAAAACGCUUUGCAAACGCAUUUCCGAAGGUAUUUUGGGGGGCACUGUUGUUGAUCAUCAAGAGGUAAUUAGUGAAAUGUUGAAUCCGUUUACGAAGACUGGGUCAUGCCACUUGGCACCCGUGCUGCUUCCGAUCAUUCGGAUUUUUGUGCGGAUGCAAUAGGGACGAUCUGGUUGCUGUUGAAUGGCAAACUGUUGCCGUGAAGUUAAGGCUCUGCUACAUGUACAUACUCCACAAUACCGUUAUAUCCCUGUUACAGUUUUCUCCCUGUUUUUGAGCUUCUGAACUUGCUCAGAAGCAUCACGCGAGGUUCUUUAUCCCACGAGUGGCGACUGUCCAAUUUCCCAACAUUUGUGAAAAUGCAAUUUUGUGGUAUGAAUGUGACAUUGUCUGUUGCUGUAUAUCUGGGGCAUCCCUGUACAUAUAGGAAAACUCGCACAACUCACCAUCCUCUUUUUCUUUGGCAUUGCUCAACCACGACACGAGACUU